CGCGGUGGCUUGUGCUGUUUCGACGUGACGUUUUUUCGGAAGACCGCGCAAUUGCUGCGGGGUGACGUUUUUUCAGAAAGACCACGCAAUUGCUGCCUUGGGCGGUGCAGGGCAGAACGGUGGGGGUUUCGUCAUCGCUGUCGCUGGUGCUAUGGUGGCGGAUGCUCGCGGCUGGCGGGUUCACCUGUGGCGCCCAGUCGUCUUCUCCGGACAUGUGGGCUGAAGCAGAAUUCAAUCUACCACCGGUUGCGACGAUGCAAAUAGCACGAAGAGAGGGGAUACGCGGCUUUCUGAAGAACCUUCUCUAACGAGUCUUCUGUGUGUGUGUGUGUGUGUGUGUGAGAGAGAGAGAGAGAGAGAGAGAGAGAGAGAGAGAGAGAGAGAGAGAGAGAGAGAGAGAGAGCGUCAAACAGAACUUCCUGGUAAACCGGAGGCAGAGAGGGAGAAGAGGACAACAAACGAGGGGCUGUGACAAACUGUUUCGCCGGAGUUUAUAUAAGUGAGUGCGAGUAGAUAGAAAAUAGAUAGUGAGGGAGAGGAGAAGCGGGGGGGAGAGAGGAAGAGAAGGUUGUGGCGGGGAUGGCGGGAGGUGGAGAGGCAGGUGGAGGAUACAAGCCCUGGUGGGCGAUCGACAAGCAAGCGUGGCGGGAAGCCUUCAGCAUCUAUUACAAAAUCAAGAGCGUAGAACAAGAUGCGGAGCCAUUGCCAGCGUGGACUAGUGCCGACGUGGCAGAAUUUGCUAAGGAGGACCCUGUUCAUGGUGCCCAGGUUCAGGCCCUUCAGAAGGCGGGGACCGCUGCAGCUGUCGCGGCAGCGGUCGGCGGCGCUGGCUCCCUUGCGUUCAUACUCCGCCAGGCGCGGAAUGUUCCGGCGGCGGCAGUUGGUCUAGUCGGAGGUGCAGCCGUGAGCUGGGCGCUGGCGGAAGAGGUCGCUAAUUAUUCCCUCGGCUUGUUCAAAUUCGAGGGCAUGAAUGCAAAUCUCAAGUUCCUUGAGUGGAGAAGGAGAAAAGCCCAACAACUCGAUUCCAAUCAGUGAUUCGUCAGUCGAUUCACCCGUGUUCACCUGGACGGGAUAUUCUUCAAGAUGCAUCAUCAAUCCACACAUAGUCGUGGAGAUUUCUGCCUCCGCCAUCGUAUAGAAAGUCCUCGCGUGAGACAACCGUCUACGGUCAUUUCCGCCAGUAAUUGCUGCGGACGUCGGACGUCAACAAUAAUUUCCGGCAGUUGCUCGCCAUUAUCAACAACAUGAAGACAGAAACACCGUUGUCAUCGUCAUCGUCAUCGACAUCAUCAUCAUCAUCAUCAUCAUCAUCAUCAUCGUCGUCGUCAUCGUCAUCGUCAUCAUCAUCGUCAUUGUCAUCAUCAUCGUCAUCAUCAUCGGUCACCAAUCGUCAUAAGAGAUCAUCAGCAUUAUGUCCAUUAGCAUCUGCGGCAGCAGCAGUGGCAGCAGCAGCAGCAGCAGGAUGUGUCUAACGGUAGUGAAAGUCGAUUGCUCGAUGAACCAGCUGGAUCAGUCAAUAAAUGAACGAAUGAAUGGGUCAGCAAACUCAGUGAAGAAUACGCAACCAAUGAGUCGAUCCUUCAACCAACCCGGCAACUGGUUAAAAGCGUGAAGUCUUGUCCCUCUCCCUCCUCGUCUUCCCUUGGGGUAGUUUCUCACAACAAUUUCCUUCAUGCC